AUGGGGCCACCGCCUCCCCCACAUCAACUCAGAGACCAUCGCAUACAGGGUCGCGGCAUGCCACUUCCCGGCAUCGACACGACUGCUGCGUUCCAACGCAAACCACUUCCGGUUCGCUCGGACAGCUUGAGAAGCCCUCAUGAGACACCCGUGUCGACGUCCAGCGGCGGCAGCUGGGGCAAUAACAUCAUCGACCAAGCGGGUUUCCAGCAAGUUCAACCUCGCGACCCCAGACAGCGGACGCCAUUACCCGAGCAACAAAUUCACAGAGUGCAAACUCAAAGGAGUGAUACCAGUCACUACGACGACGCAUCGUCGACUGCCAGCCCAGACUACGCCAGUCGCAAAUCGAGUGAGACCGAGCAUUCCCAAAAAUCUUUCGAACGGCCCAGAGCCGGCGUUCUGAAGACCGUGGGUGGCGCAGAGUCUCCGAGCUCAGACUUCCACAUUCCCGACGUCAACUUUGGUCCUACGGUCAACUACGCCGCCAACCAACCCGCUAGGAACAAGACGCCAACGCCCCUGACCUACCAGGGAGGCGUGCCGAGUCAACAGCGGCCUUUCUCCCCACCCCGAGAAUCCGAGGAUACGGUCAGGAAGGUCGCCUGGCAACCCGGUGCCGCAGCCGUGUCGACCGGCCAAGGCAUCAGCCCGGAGCAGUUCGUGCAGCAGCGUGCCGCCCAAGUUACAACUCCUAUGUAUGGUCACGGUCGGUCACCAUCUGGCAACAUCCUGACCAUGCGAUCGAUGACACCGACCCCUGCCAUGAACCGAAGUGGCUCCACAGAGAUGCUUGCCCGUCACUCACGCAGUAGUUCGGCAGACCUCUUGCAGCACCCCAGCUCUCGUGGCGCCAACACGAUGCUUGAUAUUGCCAGCAGCGGCGAGGUCUCGUCCCACCUCUCGGCCCGCGAGCAAGAGCAUGUGGCACGCAUGACAGGCUCGCCCCUCAUCACCAUGGCUGGCAACAGAAACGGCCAACAGAGCCAGCCUGGAGCAGGCUUGCCGAACGGCUAUGGCGCCGGGCCCGCGCAGAGCUUUGGCUACGGCCAAGGCAGCAGCUACGGCCCUGUGAGCAACUACGGUCAAGGAGGCGGUUACGGCCAGGGAGGCGGCUACGCCAACCCGAUGGCUAUGCGCCAGGGUCGUCAGUCGCCUGGACCCCAGAUGAUGGAUCCCAGAUUCAUGCCUCAGGGACCUUAUUCACCCGGAUCUCAACAGGGCGGCCGAGGCCAGGCCUACCCGUCUCAGUACCCUGGACAGGGACAGGCAUUUUAA